AAAAAGGUGCAGGGAGAAGUGCAGUCAAAACCACAGCAGGAGGCUUUGGAGGAGGUGGUGAAGGGGCUGCAGCCUCGUGUCUUCAGCAGGAUUUCAUCAGACGAAGAAAUUGCAACUUCUUUCCUAUUAUCUCCUGACACAAUGAACAAGAAUGAUUUGGACUAAUUAGGAGAUCUUCCAGUUUCAGAAAAUAACCACAAUGUAUAGACCAGGGGAAACAGUUAAACGUCGUCUUAAUAUGCAUGCUCCUCCUCGAAUAAGAAGUGUAGAAGUUGCUAGAGGAAGAGCUGGCUAUGGGUUUACCCUUUCUGGGCAAGCCCCUUGUAUUCUUAGUUGUGUUAUGAAAGGAAGCCCUGCAGAUUAUGUGGGACUUAAAGCUGGAGAUCAGAUAUUUGCCGUUAAUGAUAUUAAUGUAAAAAAGGCGUCUCAUGAAGAUGUGGUGAAACUAAUAGGAAAAUGUUCUGGAGUCCUACACAUGGUGAUUGCUGAAGGUAUUAGUCACAUAGACUCCUGCUCAAGUGAUGAAGAAGUUGGUUUUUAUGAUGGGAAAGGGUGGCUGAAGCCAAAGCCUGAUUCUAAAGCCUUAGGCAUAAAUAGAGCAGAAAAGGUUGUUGAAGAAAUGCAAUCUGGUGGAAUUUUCAACAUGAUCUUUGAAAAUCCUAGUCUUUGUGCUGGGAAUACAGAAAACUCUAUACCAAAACAAAGAUCCCUUUCAGAGUCUGCUGCUGCUAUAUUUGAAACUGGAACUGAAGGUGUAAGUCUCAAUCCAAAUCAACUUUCUAAAGAAGAAAUAUCCAAAGUGUUGAAUGAUGAUUCAGUUUUCCGAAUUGGACUAGAGAAUCCAGAGGAUUUUGGAUUAGAUGCAAGUAUUUUAAAUGUUGCCAUGGUGGUAGGCUACCUAGGCUCAAUUGAACUGCCUUCAACAACUGCAAAUCUGGAAAGUGACAGUUUGCAGGCUAUUCGUGGAUGUAUGAGACGUCUUCGGGCAGAACAGAAAAUCCAUUCUUUGGUGAUGAUGAAGAUUAUGCAUGACUGCAUUCAGCUCUGCAGUGAUAAAUCUGGUAUAGUGGCAGAGUAUCCUGCAGAGAAGCUCGCAUUCAGUGCGGUGUGCCCUGAUGAUAGGAGAUUUUUUGGGCUAGUUACAAUGCAGAGCAGUGAUGAUGCAAGCUUGGCUCAGGAAGAUGAAGGAGUUCUAAGGACAUCUUGUCAUGUGUUUAUGGUAGAUCCAGAAUUAUUUCAUCAUAAAAUUCAUCAGGGUAUAGCAAGACGUUUUGGACUAGAAUGUACAGCAGAUCCAGACACAAAUGGCUGUUUAGAAUUUCCAACAUCAUCUUUACCUGUUCUUCAGUUUAUCUCUGUCCUCUAUAGGGACAUGGGGGAGUUGAUUGAGGGAAUGAGAGCCAGGGCUUUUCUUGAUGGUGAUAUAGAUGCCCAUCAGAAUAAUAGUACAAGCAGUAACAGUGACAGUGGCAUUGGAAACUUUAACCAAGAAGAAAAAAGCAACAGAGUUUUGGUGGUUGACUUAGGGAGCAAUCCAAGUAAACACAUUCCUAAUAGCAUAUGGGAAAAUCCAGGAGGAAGAGGGCAAAAUCAAUCUGCUGCCCAUUGGAAUGGCUUCUGUCAUGAGCAAGAAGGAAACGCUCCUUUAGAAGUAAUUCAGAAUGAUAAACCACAAAAUUUAAGCAAGCACUUGAGUCCUGCAGCUCGUAUAGAAGUUCCACUAGUUUCUUCCCGAAAUUCAGUGCCACCCUCCAAGAAAAGUACUAUGGGCAUGGGCAAUCAAAGAUGGUUGCCUGUUCAUGUUUUACAAGAUUGGCAGCAUGGAAAUGCCAGUGACCAGGAGUCUUAUACAGAUUCUACAGAUGGCUGGUCCAGUGUUAACUGUGGGACUCUUCCCCCACCAAUGAAUAAGAUUCCAGCUGACAGAUACAGAGUCGAUGGCAGCUUUGGUCAGCCCCAGUUAAAAUCUCACAAAAAUGAAUGGUCUAAGAAAGUGUUUUGCAUGCAAAACAAGUUUGGCCCACAGCACAAUGUUAGAAAGUCUAAAGAAGAAAAAAAGGGCGCAAAGUUUGGGCAUUCAGUUGGAUUACCUCAGGCCCCUCAACGGUCUUCUGUUCGGAGAUCAUUUGGAAGAUCUAAGCGAUUUAGCAUUACCCGUUCACUGGAUGAUCUUGAGUCUGCAACUGUGUCUGAUGGAGAGCUGAACAGUACUGAUUUAAAGGACUGCAUCAGUGAGAAUAGCCUCAGUAGCAAUGCUAGUCUUCCUAGUGUGCAGAGCUGUCGGCGACUUCGUGAAAGAAGAGUUGCAAGCUGGGCUGUUUCAUUUGAACGUCUUCUUCAAGAUCCACUUGGCAUUAAAUAUUUUUCUGAAUUUUUACGGAAGGAGUUUAGUGAAGAAAACAUUUUAUUCUGGCAGGCCUGUGAAUAUUUUAACCAUGUUCCUGCACAUGACAAAAAAGAGCUUUCUUACAGAGCUCGAGAGAUCUUCAAUAAAUUUUUGUGCAGCAAAGCUACAACUCCAGUUAAUAUUGAUAGCCAAGCACAAUUGGCAGAUGAUAUUCUCAAUUCCCCACAUCCAGAUAUGUUCAAGGAACAGCAGCUUCAGAUUUUUAACCUGAUGAAGUUUGACAGCUAUACUCGCUUUCUGAAAUCCCCACUCUAUCAAGAAUGCAUUCUGGCUGAAGUAGAAGGUCGCCCUCUUCCUGAUCCACAGCGUGUUCCCAGCAGCCCUACUUCUAAACAUAGUUUCAGCUCAGAGCGGUCCAAUAUCUCCACACCAAAAAAGUUAAGUGGAAAAUCAAAGUCUGGAAGAUCCUUAAAUGAAGAAUCUGGAGAGGAAGAUGCUGAGAAGAAGAAAAAAGGAACAUUUUUCUCCUGGUCAAGAAGUAAGAGUCUGGGAAAAUCACAGAAGAAAAAAGAAAAUGGUGAUUACCAAAAUGAUUCUAUUCAGGCCAAUGGAUUAUCUUGCAGACGUGAAUCACAGGGCUCUAUGUCAUCAUCUGCAAGCCUUGAUCUGUCUGAAGCAUCUAGAAUACCUGCAUCUGUAUCUGAGAGAGAGAGAUCCUCAAAACACUGCUGUGUAAACCUUCCAGAUGGCUCAUCUUGUAAAAUGGUUGUCAAAUCAGGAUUCUCAAUAAAGGAGAUGUUAUCUGGGCUCUGUGAAAAGCAUGGCAUUAACAUAGCUGCUGUAGACCUCUUUUUAGUUGGAGGAGAUAAGCCACUGGUAUUGCACCAAGACAGUAGCAUCCUGGAUUCUCGGGAUCUGCGUUUGGAAAAGCGUACUUUAUUUCGGCUGGAUCUUGUUCCAAUCAAUAGAUCGGUUGGUUUAAAGGCUAAACCUACAAAGCCAGUAACAGAAGUUCUACGGCCUGUGGUUGCAAAGUAUGGCUUAAAUCUUAAUGAACUUGUGGCAAGACUAAAUGGUGAGCAGGAGCCACUAGAUCUUGGCCUGCCUAUAUCUAAUCUGGAUGGUCAGCGGGUGGUACUAGAUGAAAAAGAGCCAACGAAGGGAAGAGUAUUCACAGAUAAACAAAAGGUCUCACCAGUUAAACAAAGUACAGCUAUAACAUCUGCUUCAAGAAGUCAAGCAUCUACAGGAGAGGGAAGAACGCUAGGAAAGUCUAAUUCUAUUAAAAUGAAAGGCGAAAAUGGAAAAAAUGCUAGGGAUGCCCGGCUAUCAAAGAGAGAAGAAUCUAUUGCAAAGAUUGGGAAAAAAAAAUAUCAGAAAAUUAAUUUGGAUGAAGCAGAGGAGUUUUUUGAUCUCAUAUCCAAAGCUCAGAGUAAUAGAGCAGACGACCAACGUGGGCUGCUAAGAAAAGAAGACCUUGUUCUGCCAGAUUUUCUUCGUUUACCCCUGGCUGGACCAGAGCCACCUUCUUCUACACCGAUAGGCCCUAAAGGCCUUAACAGGAGAAUUUCAAAAUAUGAUGGCCAGGACAAAUGUACAGGUGGAAAACUGGAGUCCAUACAAAACUAUAAUGAAAAUUCAAUUAAAAAAAUGGGUCAUUCAGAAAAUAAACAUAAAACUGCUUUGGCAACAGUUAACAGUCAGAAGACUUACAGCGUUCCUUUUAGUGCCCCGUUGUCUCCAAUUCCACAUGUGCAGGAAAACAACAGUACAACAGUAUGGAAAAGGCAGUCAAGAGAAUUGCAGGCUGAAGGCAUACAGAUGAUAGAUGAUGACAAUGUAGCGGACUUGACUCUCGUGGCUGAAGGAGACAUUAGCAGCCCCAACAGCACUUUAUUGCCACCACCAACACCACCGACAGACAUCAGUAAUCUCACGGAAGCCAACUACCCACCCCCGACUCCGCUGGCAGGUAAUCAGGAAAAACCUGGAUAUCAAAGAUCCAAUUCAGUAGUUGAUUGCAUCUACCAUAUAGUUCCAAAGGAUUUACAUGUGGAAUACGUUUUUUCUAGCAGGCAAUUUUUAAGAAAAAGGAGGACAUCAGAAUGUAAGUUGCAGGGUUUAGCAAUAUCACAGAGCAAUAUUAUCUCCAUGAUUGGAAUAUGGAAUUUUCUUGUCAACAUGGACUUUAACAAUAUUGCUAUUACCAGGAACCAGAAUUUGUAGCUUGUUGGCGUUGUGGAACUUACAUUUUACAGUUGUACUGUACAUUUAAUGUAAAAUAUAAGAAAAGGUAUCUAUGUGCUACAUUUAUUUUUGAUGUUUCAUACAGUACAUAGUGCCAUGAUUUGUAUAAUUCCUUCUUUGUGCUGUGACACUAUAAAUUUAAUUAUUUAUCUUUUUACACAGAAUAUUUGAUACUGUUUCCUAUCUGUAAGGUCAAUGAUCUGUAAAUAUUUCUUUGAUUGUUUCAUGCUUACAAAUGGCAAUGUGAAGUAUUUCAUCCUGCUGCUGUAUAAAAACAGAAGACCUAUUAAUAGUAUUUGCAAAAUGCUCUAUAAAUGCUACCAUUUUACUUCCUGAAAUUAAAUUUAAAUUUUAAAUAGACCUGUAAUCUAGUGCCUCCAACAAAGAACUUAAAAAUUGUAUUUCAGACUUGUUUAUGUACAUAUGUAUAUACCUGUGUUGGGGGUCCAUUUGAUAAUGUGACAAGUGUACAAGUUGGUUUUCAAUCUGCAUCUUUUUUUCAAUGAGAACUGUUGUAAAAAAAAUUGCACUUAAAAAACCCCUUAAAUGCAUGCCAUACAUUUCUGUAUAAUUACUGAACUGUACCUUUCACUUUUCCUACUUUCUGCUUUUACUCUAUAGAAAUCUUUAUGUAGUUUUCACAUGUAUUUUGUAUCUUUGUUCUUUCAGAAUUAAUAAAUUCUA